AUGGCAUCCCAAUUCAAUGAAUGGCUCAGCCAUCGCCUGCAAGCUAUUGGUCUUGAUGGUGAAGUGAUGGCUAAUUACAUCAUAGCAGCUUUGGAGCAAGAAAGUGAUGAUAAAUAUGAAUGUGUGCUUGAAAUACUGACUGAUUUUACGGAACAGUCAAUGGAUGAAUUAGCGAAAGAAAUCGUCGAUAAGUGGACUGAAAGUCCAUCAGAUGAUGCUAGACUCGUUAGCAAUUGUAUUGAUAUUUAUGCAAUUCAGAACGCUACCUUAACUUUACGAAAUGAUGACGAUGAUUUAUCGGACAAUAUGAUCUCAGAUUUCCACCCUAAUACCAACACUGCGGCUGUCGCUGUAGAAGAGCGUCACAAGCGAGAAGAGCAGAAGGCUUCACAUGCAGCGCGUGUAGAAAGGGAUAAAAUUAAUAGGCAAAAAGAGAAACAGAAAGUUGCAGAUAGAAAAGAAAGAGAAAAAAAGAGAACGCAAAAGAGAGAAAGAAGGCGUUAG